AUGUCGAGAGAUUCUAUGACGCCUGUGCCCAGGCUGAGGUCGCGUUCAAGUGCGAGUGCUGGAAGCUCGGGGAGUCUGAGCUUGAAGCGGUCGGUCAAAAAUUUUAUGGGGAAGAUUGUGCGGACGGUGAAAAAUGUUGCACACGAGGCUUUGAACGAUAGCGAUACCGAGUGCGAACAGAUCACCGUGAACAACAUGUUUCUGGAGCCUGAGUGUGUCGGGAACCUGCUGCACGCAGAUGAUGAGGAUGCCAACCAUGACAAUAGGUUGAGCAGUAACUCAGAGACGCUUGCAGACGGGUUUUCUACCGAGAAUAAUGUAGAGACAAGCGGAGAAGGUGAGGAGAACUCGCAGGACUUUUUGUCGUUCGACCCAGUGCAAGAAGUCGCCAAGCUACGGCAGGAGGAUCAGCUGAAGAAGGCAGACAGUGUCGACACCUUUUCAAGAGGACCAGAGGUAUGGGAGAAAAGGCGUAAGCUGUGGCUCACAGUCACGCCUUCGAACACCCUCGAGAGUGCAAAGAAAGCCAGAGAAUCGUUUGCAGAUAUCAGUCCGAAGAAGUACGGUGUCAUCUACAAAAGAUUAGUCAUGGAAGAUGCACACUUGAAGAAAAACUUGAAUCUACAGGACGUCGUCAAGGUCAUAAAUGCUGGAUGGGUAGAAACUUCAAAAUGGGAACGUGCAGCUCAGGGUAUAGCAUGA